AUGAUCUUUAAAAUCGGAGGGGAGGAUUAUAGCAUUGAAGGCAAUCCAAUUUACGAAGAUAGUUAUACUAAUAUUUUCAAUUGCACAAAAGGAGAAGGUUUUCUAAAGUCUCUUUAUGCAAAAUUUUCUUAUUCGAACGAACACGAGAUAGACUAUAAGAAAAUCUACUAAAUCACUCAGAACAGUAAAAAUCAAAAUCUUGUUCCAAUUUACUAUAUUGAAUAUGAUCCUCUUUAAAAAGUGUAUUUAAUAAUUAUGGAAAAAUGUUAAGAGAACUUGGAAUAACAAAGCCAAAAAUUCAAUGAGACACAGAUAAAAGAAUUUUUAAAUGAAUUUCUCAAAGGAUACAAAUGUUUGCAUGAUUAAAAUAUGUUCCAUGGAAAAAUAAAUACAAACAAUAUCUUUAUAAUUAAAUCUUAGCAUACAAGUUAAUACAAGAUAGGAGAUAUUGUGUCAUAUGCUACUUCAAAUAAUAAUACAAAUAUUGGGUACAUAGCUCCUGAGAUUUUUCCAAAGUCUUCAAAGGAUGAGCUCUUCCUUAAAAUUUAGAGCAAUCAAAACUAAGAAGCUUCUGAUAUUUAUUCUCUUGGCAUGGUAUUAAUAAGAUUGAUAUGUGGAAAACUGCCGUUUGAAUGCACUCAUGAUUAAGUGAUGUAGUUUCAUAAUCUUAUCAAAUCUGUACCAUACCAAAUUAAAAUCAAUCCAUCCAACAUUAAUUAACAACAUUUUAGUGAAGAGCUUCUCAAUCCUAUUUAAAAAAUGAUAAGAUAUAAUCCUCAAGAGAGAUUAACAUUUGAUGAUUUAUAAUAACUUUUGAUGCAGUAUCGUAAACAAAGAUUGUCAUAAACAAUAAAUUGUUCUUCAUCUUAGAAUCAUUUAUUCUCAACAAUAAAUUCCUCUAUAAAUAUAAAUUUUCACCAAUCUUAAAAGCCCAAAUCAGCGAUUUAACUAAUUCAAAAAUCAACUUCCAAUUGUUUUAAAAAUUUAGCCUAAGCCAGGAUAUGUCCACAAAUCACCAGCAUCGAUCCCAAAACUAAAAGACUGAGAGUAAUAAAGAGAAUUUAUACGAAUGAAGUAAUACUAAAUUUCAUUGAUUUUUAAUGGGAUUAAUUUAAGAAUAAUUUAGAGAUUGAGAAAGAAUAUGCAUCUUAAUAAAUUAUGGCUGAAAAUAGGGAGUUUAUGCUAUUAUUAUUAAAUUCAUACAAUAAUAAAAGCUGUGACAUAGAAGACAAUGAAAUACGUUUCAUCUAUUGCUUACUUGCAAAAUUUUAAGGAUAUAAAGAAAUUGUUUAAAAACUUCCCCUUGAUUACAAAGUAGAAUUGCUAAAUGUUUGA